CUAAUUUUUAGAUAAGAUUACUGCACAUGUAGAUGGGAUGAAGAAAACAGGUACAUGUAUGUCUCACCCCUGCAUAAUGUACAAUGAGUAGCAAUUAAACAUCAAAUAAGCUAUGUAAUAAACGAUAGUUUGCACAUUGUUUGGCUUCCUUGAUACAGAAUGCGUUUUCUCAACAUACACAGGUAUGUGUGAAUUGAAAUGCUGUAGUAUGCACAAAACCUGGCCCAUCUGUGAAAUAAAUAUGAACUUGUCAAAAUGAUGAACCACUGAUUUACAGCAUUAAAUUAUGGUUAUCGCAGUAAUAAAACAUUGAUAUCAACCUUCAAUAUAUGUCCUCCUAGAUCCCAACGAUUUCGGCAAGCAACAAACAAGAUAUAGGCGUUUUUCGGGGGUCACUUAAGGUCAAGAAUAUAUGUUCUAUAGAAUAUAUGUUCCACGGAGCGAUCGCGAUUGUCGGGGAUGUUCCAGAACAGCACCCACGCUGUAGCACAGCAACCAAACACAACGCCACUGUUCACCGAGGAUAUGCACGUAUCUCUCGAGCUCCGCGUUUUGUCAAGGUGAAUUUCCCAUGAAAAGAUGGGUUUUCUCGACAGGACGGCGUCAGCGUUCCUUUCAGUGGUACACGUGCUGUCAUUGCUCAGACCUGGCAGUAAGAGCCAGAGCGGCGGGAUAAAACUCAACGUAACUGUCCACGAGGGCAAAGUUGGUCGCCAGAGCCAGGGCAAGUACCUAGUCACAAUACGACAUGGCAAGAACAAGGUGCAGACCGCUAAGAAAAAGUCGGAUGCACUGAUCUGGGAGUAUUCUACAGAGUUUGUCGGGUCGCCAACAGACCAACUGGUUCUGAAACUCCGUAAGGCGAAGCGCUGCAAGGACACCACAGUCGGUGAGCUCUCCAUAGAUGUUGCAGCCGCACUAGAGUCAGUGGACGGUUUACCGCAGAAGUGGUGGUACAUCAUGGACCGACCCAACAAAGGCGGGCGGAGGAAAGAGGAAGUGUUCUUACAGGCGUCCGUUACUCUCGAAGGCACGGAGGGGAAAAGUCAGCCUACACAGAACCAAGCCCAAGUGACUAAGGCUCCCGAGGAGACCGUUGAGGUAUCAGCGCAAGGGGAGCCAGAAACUCUGUCGGAGCUGCAGGCGGUGGCAGUUUCCCUGGAAAAAGACCCGGUCGCACACCCAGACAACAGCGCUGCGGACAGCAGUCCACCAUCCGUCACCGGCGACAUCGCAGACGUCAAACAAGACUCUUCAGACACAGAGUCAGACACAGCCUCAACUUCGGACGAAGUCGUCUCAACUUCAGACACAGCGGACAAGUUUGGUGCCGACGAAGACAUGGACGUCCCGCCAAACGACACGCACCGUUCCUCUCGUCACACGGACGUCACGCUCCUUCACGUGUCCGGUGCUGCCGACAAUCAGGAGAGGGAGAUCGAGAGUGAGAUACCAAAGGGUCAAGACCCAUUCAAGACCUCCAAGAGGACAGUCAAGACGGAGCUGCCAGAGAAAGCAGAACCGGAGAAUGGGAAGAUCAAUGUUUCCCAGGAAACAGAGCCGGGCGCACCAUCGGCCGACAGCAGCAAGGACAGCUCACCGCCCUCCGCUGCCGGCGACGCCGCAGACGUCAGCACAGAGUCUUCCACAAGCUCGGCGUUCGGCCUCCCAGCCUCAAACCCAGACAAACGUCCUGCUGCCGGAGAAGGCGAUGUCUCAGAGCGCCGCACUCCUUCAGUCGUCCAUGGAAAAGAGACGGAAACACCCGACAACAUUGUCGCGGAUACAUGCAGCCAGACGACAACGUCUACUCAAGGAGGAGGAUCGUCUCUUACAACAACUACCCCAUCGCCCAAACACAAGGACGCAGAAGACCCACAGUAUGAAGAGGUGAUGUCGUCAGUCGACAACUUGUGGGCAGAGCUCAACUUUGAGAGAGACUAUGCGGAAACGCUUCUCGCUCAUGCCGAAUCCCUUCGAGCCAAACUCACCACCGCCGCCCCGAAAGUUCUCCAGUACCCAGUUCUUAAGAACAUUACCGCUGCCGUGCCCGAUCGCACAUCUUACGAGUUACCGGACACACAAGGACUCAGUCUGGUAGAGCUGCAAGACAUCCAGAAGACCCUCACCAAGGCUGUACAAGAAGAGAAGGAACGCGGGAGCUACAUCAAGCGCUGGUACUGGGAAGAACUGGUCCGCGUGGCUCUGAAGGAGGCACCUCAAGUAUUUGGACCAGAGGACUAA